UGCAAGGAAACGAGUAAAAGUCCUUUCCGGGAAAACGUCAAACUUGGCAGCCUGGCAUAUACGUGCCACCAUCGGCUUCUCAUCCCUCUCUAGGUUCCGGAUCGCUGACACAGAGAAAGGGAGAAAUGGGCGUAGCAGUAGGCAUGGAUGCGCUGAGUGAGAGAGCGGCGAUGAUGAGAGAGUCAGUGCAGAAGAGCCAGACCAUCAGCGACAGCAUCGUCUCCAUUCUCGGCUCCUUCGACCACCGUCUCUCUGCCCUCGAAACUGCCAUGCGUCCCACUCAGAUUAGAACACAUUCUAUUCGAAGAGCUCAUGAGAAUAUUGACAAGACUUUGAAGGCUGCCGAGGUUAUAUUGGCUCAAUUCGACCUUUAUCGUCAGGUUGGAUUUUCAGUAGACACUUAA